AACCGUACUUUCGUCUAGUCAAAUCCUUAGUGCCUUUUUUAUGUUUUUACUUUUGCGAUUGUUCCUUAUUAAGUCGAAAAAACAAUUGUCAAAAGUUACACGGACCCUUCUUCUUGAUCUGCAGGUUUUCCCAGAGUUUCCUAACUUUCUUGAGUAUCGAACGAUCUUCCCGAAUGUAAUACCCAAUAGGCGCUGGACGGAUCCCCAAGUUUUAUCGGAGGAAGGGAAUUUAUGAGUUAGGCUAAACCAGGCAGUCCCUCCAGAGAUGGUACUUAUGUCAGAACAACCUGAGAGAGCCUUAACUCCGUUAUCUUCGCCAGAACAAGUUGUAAACUCUGUCAAACCGGUCAGAAAAGAUUCGAGGGGAAUCCAAUCGACGUCUGAGGCGGAGAAUGGAGGAGAGGAUAGGCCAAAGAGAAGUGCAAGUGGGAGGUCUGCUGGGGCCACUCAGCUGUCAGUGGACACUGAGUCAGACAUGUCAGAGACCAGGAAGAAACCCCCUCUCAUGAGAUUCAAAGCUGUAGAGCAACUGUCCCCAAUGCAAACUCAAAGUGACAGUGAAACUAAGUUUGAAGGAAGAAAGAAAUCUCAGUCCAGCCAGAUAUCCAAGACAAAUGCCCAAUACCAUAAAAUAUUUAAAGAAAUAAGUAAGGAUGAGUUACUGAAACAAAGUUACACCUGUGCAUUACAGAAGGACAUGCUGUAUCAGGGCAAAAUGUUUGUCUCUGAUAACUGGAUCUGUUUUCAUUCUAAAGUCUUUGGCAAAGAUACUAAGAUUGCUAUUCCUGUACUUUCUGUUACUUAUAUCAAGAAGACCAAAACUGCCAUUUUGGUGCCAAAUGCACUCGUUAUCACAACCACAAAUGAGAGGCAUGUAUUUGCCUCAUUCCUAUCGAGAGAUACAACAUAUAAACUCCUGAAAUCCAUCUGUGUUCAUCUGGAUGGGGACCAUACUGGGGGCAGCCUUAUUACUUCCUCAGCCGAGAACAGCUUCAGUGGCGAAUGUUCCUCGUCACUUCCUCUGGUUUUCUCUGGAGACUUCUCAGACCUGGACGGUGUGGUGCGACAGAGGAGGCAGGACAUGCUAGAGAGCAGCAGCUCAGGCUCCCAGACCCCAGACUAUGAGAAAAUGGCGGACUUCCCCAGCAUCCCUGACACGUUCCUGAGUGCAAUGAAGAACGGAGAAGUGGCAGUGCAUGCAGACAUCCACCUCCAGACCCCCAACCAAAAGCAUGCCGCUGGCCACCAGAAUGGGCCCACCAAGCCUAUCCAGGGGGUUGUACACAAAGUGAAGUCACUACAGCCGGUGUCGUUAAACACACUUCUGCUCGUCUAUCUUUUCCUAGUAAUUGUCCUUGUCCUGUCCUCGUGUUACAUGGCCUUCAAGAUUGUGGCUCUUGAGAAGAGGCUGAACUCAUUGGGUCCCAUGGGGGAGUAUGCACACAAUGAAAACGUUGUGCACCACAGAUCACAGGCAAACUUCAAUGCGGAAAUGUAUGGGGAGCUGUCUACAAACCUGUUCAAGCUAGAAAAGAUUCAGAGAAAUCUCAGGAAGCUACUUGAAGAGACCUGACGGAUGGACCAAUUUGUUGCGCCGCUGGAUGGAACUGGCAUGUUCUUUCAACAGCAGUGACAACAACACUGCAAAUCUGAUCAUUGAUCUGUUCCCAAAUGGCAGAUGAACACUUUCAAAAAGAGAACAUUUCUUAAUUGUGCAAUAGCAGUACCAUUCUUCUCUACUCAGGACAAAAUGUAUUCUUUAUAUUUGAUAGAGUAAUUGAGACCAUUCAGCAUCUAGUUCGAGCUGGCUCAUAACUUGAAACGCUUAAUAUCUCAGAAAUUCUUGAUUUUAAUUAAAGUUAUGUGUUGCAGGUGUGAAGGCAAGUGAUAAACCUUGACGAAGGGAAAAGAUAAGCUUAAGCUAUCUGUCUAGUACUGUAUCUGAGAAGGUUUUAAAUGACAAUGGGAAUAUUUCGGAUAGGAGUGCUGUAGGUCUGAAGGAUCCACCAUUUCAAUGUUUCUCUGUUAACGUAAAACAUGGUGGAUUUAGUAAUGUGUACUGUUCAUACCUUUUUUGUAACAGAUGUGAAAUGUCAGUAAAAUAUUUAUGGUUUCUGCCUUCAUUUUGUGUAAAUAGCAAAACGUUAGCAACAAUAACCUUAAUAAAUUGUUCUUAAACGUC